AUGGCGGAUGUGGUUGCUGGUCCCGUGGUUGGGAAAGCAGUGGACACGUUGUUUGAUGUGGCAAAAAAGAAGAUUGGUUACAUGUGGAAUUGCAAACAAAAUGUUGAGAAAUUAAAGAAUGAAGUUGAUAGCCUCAAAGUUAUGACGAGGCAGGUUGAACAACAAAUUGGUAUUGCCAGAGGUAAAGGUGAUAAUCUCAUUGUUGGUGUGGAAGAGUGGUUAGGCAAGGCAGGGGAUGAGAUAUCCAAAGCCGAAGCGUUUCUGGGAGAAUUUGUUAAUGCCAAGAAGACGUGCUUCAAAAUAGGAAUGUGUGGUAACUGGGCCACCCUAUAUCAUUACGGUAAGGCAGCAACCGAGAUGAUGACUCCUCUUAAGGAGCACAAAGAAAGUGGCACGCAAUUUGUGACUUGUGUCUCUGUUGAAACUCUCCCCCCUACGCAACUAGACGUUUACCAAACAAAGAAUCUUGAAGAUCUGGAUACCCACACUUCAGCUCUUAAAGCUAUCAUUGCUGCUCUUGAAGAUGAAAGCAAACAAAUCAUUGGAAUCUAUGGCUUAGGUGGUGUUGGCAAAACAACAAUAGCCAAGGAAGUCGUUGCCAAAAUAAAGCAUCUAUUUGACGAUGUUGCUUUUACAACUGUUUCCCAAACUGUAAAAGCUCAAGAGAUUAAGAAAGAUAUUGAAAAUGCAACAAAGCGGAUAAUGAACGGGGACAAAAUUCUAAUCAUAUUAGACGAUCUCUGGGAGCCAGUCGAUCUAGAAGAAUUGUGCAUUCCUAUUAACCGCACGAAAUGCAGAAUUUUGCUAACGUCUAGAAACGAAGAUGUGUGUGAGAAAAUGAACUCUCAAAUUAAAAUUUGUGUGAACUCUUUGCCAACAGAAGAAGCAUGGAUUCUUUUCAAACGUGUUGUUGGUGAAAGAGUGGAGACUGAAGUUGAUCUGAAGCCGAUUGCAGCCAAGGUUGCUAAAGAGUGUGGUGGUUUGCCGCUUCUCGUUAAGGCUGUAGGCAAUGCUUUGAAAAACAAAAGCAUCGGUUCAUGGCAAGCAGCUCUUUCUCGACUACAGAAAGCCGCACCAUAG